UCCCCCGGGCGCUGGCGCUCGCUGCUCGCUACACUGCAGAGGCUCCGAGGCGGCGGCGGCGACUCCCUCUUUCCCUCCCUCCUCCUCUGGCCGGCAGUCUGUCUGUGCGUCUGUCCGUUCGGCCUCGGUCCGGCCCGCAGCAUGGCCGGAGUCAGCUUCAGCGGCCACCGCCUGGAGCUGCUGGCGGCGUACGAAGAGGUGAUUCGGGAGGAGAGCGCGGCGGAUUGGGCUCUGUACACUUAUGAGGAUGGCUCAGAUGACCUCAAGCUUGCAGCGUCAGGAGAUGGGGGUUUACAGGAGCUCUCAGGCCACUUUGAGAACCAGAAGGUGAUGUACGGCUUCUGCAGUGUCAAGGAUUCCCAGGCUGCUCUGCCAAAAUACGUGCUCAUCAACUGGGUUGGCGAAGAUGUGCCUGAUGCCCGCAAAUGUGCUUGUGCCAGUCACGUGGCUAAGGUGGCUGAGUUCUUCCAGGGCGUCGAUGUGAUAGUGAAUGCCAGCAGUGUGGAAGACAUAGAUGCAGGUGCCAUUGGGCAGCGGCUUUCCAACGGGCUGGCACGGCUGUCCAGCCCCGUGUUGCACCGACUGCGGCUGCGCGAGGAUGAUAAUGCUGAGCCGGUGGGCACCACCUAUCAGAAGACAGAUGCAGCUGUGGAAAUGAAGCGGAUUAACCGUGAACAGUUCUGGGAGCAGGCCAAGAAGGAGGAAGAGCUGAGGAAGGAGGAAGAGCGAAGGAAGGCCCUGGAUGAGAGACUCAAGUUUGAGCAAGAGCGCAUGGAGCAGGAGCGGCAGGAGCAGGAGGAGCGUGAGCGGCGCUACCGGGAACGGGAGCAGCAGAUCGAGGAGCACAGGAGGAAACAGCAGACGUUGGAAGCUGAGGAGGCCAAGAGGCGGUUGAAGGAGCAAUCUAUCUUUGGUGACCAGCGGGAUGAAGAGGAAGAGACCCAGAUGAAGAAGUCAGAAUCCGAGGUAGAGGAGGCAGCAGCCAUUAUUGCCCAGCGGCCUGACAACCCACGGGAGUUCUUUAAGCAGCAGGAACGAGUUGCAUCAGCCUCUGCAGGCAGCUGCGAUGUGCCCUCACCCUUCAAUCACCGACCAGGUCGUCCGUACUGCCCUUUCAUAAAGGCAUCGGACAGUGGGCCUUCCUCCUCCUCCUCUUCCUCCUCCUCCCCUCCACGGACUCCCUUUCCCUAUAUCACCUGUCACCGCACCCCAAACCUCUCUUCCUCCCUCCCAUGCAGCCACCUGGACAGCCACCGGAGGAUGGCACCCACCCCUAUCCCCACCCGGAGCCCAUCUGACUCCAGCACGGCCUCCACCCCUGUUGCUGAGCAGAUUGAGCGGGCCCUGGAUGAGGUCACGUCCUCGCAGCCCCCGCCACUGCCACCACCACCCCCGGCAGCCCAAGAGACCCAGGAGCUCGGUCUCAGUCUGGAUACUGAAGAGACCAGCAAGGAGGCCAGAGCAGAGGCAGUCCCUCGAGCCUGGGCUGGCCCCACAGAGGAGCCCCCCCAGGCGCUAGAGCCUCCCCAGGGACAGGGCAGCCCUAUGGAGGACUUGAUGUUCAUGACAUCUCCGGAGCAGGCUGUCCUGGCCACCCCCGUGGAGCCUGCCACGACUGACACCCCCGCCACCAGCGCCACAGCAGCGGAUGCCCUGGAACCUACCACUGCCACUACCGACACCGCUGUUGCCAAUACCAUCACCCCCACUGCUGCCAGCCUCACUGAUCCAUGGCCUGGCAAUGGGGAAGGGGUCUCCGCACCCCAGGCCGAGCCAAGGGCCCCCACCCCACCCUCGGCUGCUGAGGUCACUCUGGCGGAGGUCCCCUUGCUGGAUGAGGUGGCCCGGGAGCCACUGCUGCCAGCAGGCAAAGGCUGUGCCAACCUUCUCAGUUGUGAUGAGCUGCCUGAGCCGCCAGCCACCUUCUGUGACCCAGGGGAGGGAGUGGGAGAGCCCUUGGCUGCCCUGCAGACCCCAACUCUGCCCUCGGCUCUGGAGGGGCUAGAUCAGGAGCCAGAGCUGGAGCCAGAACCCCACCUGCUGACCAAUGGCGAGACCACCCAGAAGGAGGGGACCCAGGCCAGUGAGGGUUACUUCAGCCAAUCACAGGAGGAGGAGUUCGCCCAAUCGGAAGAGCUAUGUGCAAAGGCUCCGCCUCCUGUAUUCUACAACAAGCCUCCAGAAAUCGACAUUACCUGUUGGGAUGCAGACCCAGUACCAGAAGAGGAGGAAGGCUUCGAGGGUGGCGAUUAGCCGUGGUGCCCGCCCUCAGGCAGCCCUCGCCAAGGCCGCCCAACUGCGCCGGCCUCCGGCCAUACGGCCCGCCACGCCUGCACUCGCAGCAGCUCUGCCUGGCACCCAGUCCGGAUUCCGGCCCUGGCUGGGGACUUGGCCGCUUCUUUACCCACAGGGCCUGACUUUUACAGCUUUUCUUUUUUUUUUUUUAAAGUUGAUAGGAGACUUGUACAGUUGACUGGUUUUCUUCCCAUUGGUAGUUGAGACGCUAUUGCAAACUCCACCCCCUUCUCGCCCGGUCCAGAUUGUAGUUCUUAGUCCUCCCUGCUCACUCAGCUGGCCAGGGUGGAAGCCUCACCCUGCUUGGGGCCUGGCGUCGGGGGAGCUCUGGUGGGAAAAUGUUCCCCCACCUUUUUUCCUAGUUUUAUGUUUCUUGGAAAAAUAUCACUUUGUAUUCUCUAUCCAGGGCUUCAGAUAUUUUGCACGAAUUUUAAAACAUGGCAAUAAAUGGCUCGUGGGCUCUGGCUCCCUGGGACCCCCUCCCCGCCCUUCUCUUGACCCCUUCCCGCCUGGCCCAAAGGAGGUAGCAGGCCCAGCAGGGGCCCCUCAGCUUCCCAGCCCUUACCUGCCCCCUCCUGCUGGGCAGGUCCCAGGCUGGAGGCCCUAGGCUCCAUUUCAGGUCAGGGCUAUGGGUGGGACCCGAGGCUUGGGUGGCCCUCCCCAACACCUCCCUCUUUGCUUGGGUUCCUUUUUCACGUUCAGUAACUGUUUUUUGGAAAGCACAAACUUAUGUAACGGGUCGUGCUCAUGUCUGUUAAUAAAGAAAUCCAGAUCCC